AUGAGGUCCAUGAGAUUAUCCGGACGUGUCAGCAACCUGUUGACAAGUUGGGCAUCGGGCCCGCUUAGGUUCAGGCAGGAUUGCAAGCUGUCUCGGCUCCACUCAACGGUCCCACACCGGCAAGGACCGAGAAGGAAUGGGCUUCCCGAGUUCUCACUUCAAGGUCGAGUGGCUAUUGUAACUGGAGCCGCCAGGGGUUUGGGUUUGGUCCAGGCUGAAGCUCUCCUCGAAGCCGGCGCAACCGUGCAUGCCAUAGAUCGUCUCCCCGAACCUAAGCCCGGCGCUGCCUUCUCCGUUGUGCGCCAGAGGACCCUGGACGAGCACGGGCCUAAACUGCACUACCACCAAGUCGACGUUAGGGAUGUCGACCGACUGAACCGCGUUGUCCGGGAGAUCGGUUCCCUCCACAAUCGGCUGGAUGGGCUGAUCGCUGCAGCAGGCAUACAGCAGGAGACCCCGGCGCUAGAGUACACAGCUCAAGAUGCCGACCAGAUGUUUAGCGUCAACGUCACGGGCGUGUUUAUGACGGCGCAGGCAGUGGCGCGAGAGAUGUUGCGGCUAGGACAGGGCGGCAGCCUUGUCCUCAUCGCUAGCAUGAGUGGCACCGUGGCGAAUAGAGGAUUGCUCUGCCCAGCCUAUAACGCAUCAAAAGCCGCCGUACUCCAGCUCGGAAGAAAUCUGGCAGCGGAAUGGGGCCAGCAUUCUAUUCGGGUCAACACCAUCUCCCCAGGAUAUAUCGUGACGGACAUGGUGGAAGCGCUGUUUGUGUCACACCCAGAGAGACGGUUGGAGUGGGCUGGACACAACAUGCUAGGCCGACUCAGCAGUCCCAACGAGUACCGGGGUGCUGCCGUCUUUCUUCUCAGCGAUGCUAGUAGUUUCAUGACCGGAAGCGACCUGAGAAUUGAUGGUGGUCAUUGCGCAUGGUGA